AUGUGCAAGAACUGUCCUGUCAACAUUACGGUCAAGAACUAUGCUGUCAAUAUUAUGUGCAAGAACUGUGCUGUCAACAUUACGGUCAAGAACUAUGCUGUCAACAUUAUGUGCAAGAACUGUGCUGUCAUCAUUACGUGCAAGAUCUGUGCUGUCAACAUCACGUCCAAGAACUGUGCUACCAACAUUACUUGCACGAACUGCUGUUGUCACCUCUUCGCACCAUCUGCCUUGGGAAUUGAUAAUUAUAUAUCUGGUAGAGAGAGAACUGCUAUUCAUUAUGAAGAUAAGACAGAAAAGUUCAAAAAGCAAAUGAGAGAGUCAAUGAGUUCGAAAGAUAGAGUUAUGGUCUUCACAGAAGAUCUGAAGAAUGCAAUACAUCUAACAGAAGCCUCGGAGGAGGAUCUUUCUCUCGUAUCAGAAAUGAUAAAGAAGUUUAAUCAGCAGCAUCAAGGUCUUCGUUUUGGAGCAUUUGUAUUUGGGCCAGUGGUAAUGCGAAUGUAUUAUUACCUAAACCAACCUGAUGCAGCUUUGGCGGCAUUACAAGCCAAGGAAAUGGAAGGCUUUUUUGACCAGAUGGCAUCUUACCAAAUUGCAAUGAGUCUGUUGUACAAGAAUGAGAAAUACCAGGAGGUAUUGGAUGUGUUUGAAUUACUACAAGAAAAACGAAUUGGAGGAAUAAGAUACCCCAAGAAUUGCUUCACUAUUGCCGUAGCCACUUUAUACAAGUUGAAUACACAGGAGAGCCUAACAAAAGUGUUGAAAUUGUUCGAACAUGCAGAGGAGUAUGGUAUGUUUAUCAACCGCCGCCUCAUCAUAUUCGCAGCAGCACUCGCCCUCAAGCAAAACCAUCCUCAUAUUGCCUUGGAAUUGUUAUCAAAAUCAACUGUUACUCAUAUAUCAGUUUGCUCUAUAAAAGUAAUGGCUUUGUGUGAGCAAGAUCAAGUUGAGGUUGCACUCCCACUCUUGCGGUCAUUGAUACAGAUAGAUCUUCCCAACACAAGCAAGCCAGAGAAGAGUUUUCGCAUUCUCUCUGAGGCGGUACUGGCUGCAGAAACUGCAUUGGAAAAAACAGGCAAAAAGGAUUUAAUAGCAGAGUUUGAACGCAUCAAAAAAAGUCUUCAGGAAAACAACAACAUUUCUGAUAAGAAGUUAGAUAUGAUAGUGUUGGAGCCCAUUGAAGUGUUCAAGAAACAGGAGUUCAGGAAACAAGAUAAGGCUACAUUAGCUGCUUCGUUUUAUGGCAAACAUCAAAGAAGGGAAUCAGCAUCCUACCAUUCGCACAGGAGACAAGGGUUGGCCGACCUGGAGUGAUGUUUUAUAGUCAGAGCUAUGUGUAUACUGGUCUAAAAUAGUUAUAAAACUUUUUACUCUGCAUUUGAGCAAUAAUUAGCCUCUCAAUAUUUGGUUUGUUAAUGAGUAUGUAAUGAACACUUGGAGGUAUGCAUAUAUGGUAGCAAUUAAGUGGUUUAGCUACACUAUAUGACUGAGAAUGUGCUGAGCAUGUACCGCCUGCAUACACAGUACAGCCAUUUAUACCAUAUCCACACAAGUUGAGCCCAAGAGCACAUGGAUAACUGAUUUUUGUGGGUACUAUGUGUACAUCUAAAAAACUGAAUUAAUUUAAUAAAAUAAUUUGACUUU